GUCUAAAUCUAAGUGCAUCGAGAUUUCCUUUCACGACGAAAGUGCGAACAAGGUCAAACAAAACCUGCAAUCCAAAAUGGAAAGCAGUAGCGACCUAGCAGACAUCAAGAUGAUGCUUGCGGCGCUAAUGCAGGGAAUGGAUGACAGGAAGGGGAAGACUCAAGUCGUGGAGCCUAAGCAAGAGAAGCCGUCCGCAGAGUCCGAAGGUGUUGAAGGGGAAGAAGAUGUCGAUAUCGUGCAGCAUGAAACGAACGCAGAGGAGGAUGAAGGUGACGGAGGCGGCUUGGCUGCAUGCAUGAAGAUGCGCCAAGACUUCUACGUUUCUUUGCAUUACACGCGUGUGCAGGAGAUGUGCAAACAGAAGAAUAUUCAGUAUUUAAGGAAGGAUAUUGGUGCUUGGGAGCUUACACGGCUGGACUUACAAGAGUAUGUAGACAUGCUCAAAGGAGGCAAGCCCCGACCAGCGGGUGAACCAUCCAGCGCCAAUGGUGUGAAUGAAGGCGAAAGCAUUGAGAUGAAUUAUGUCGCUGAGGACCCUGUAAAGGGAAACUGGGACUUGGUAGCAUUCGGUCCCUCCAGAGAGCGGCGCGUCGAAUACAGCGCCUCAAGAGCGAUGUGGGCGGGCAGAUUAACAUACUGCUUGACUGGAUCCACACCCUAAUCAUUUUGCUUGCUUGUUUGAGGGGUGACCUUGCGUGGGGGAAUGCAUAUCCAAGGUUUUGGUUCAGACUGCGA